AUGGACAGGCAACGCCCGAUUAGCCCUUUGGCGGUAGUAGGCAUCUCCUGUAGACUGCCUGGCGGUGCCAAUGAUACCGACAAGCUAUGGGACCUAUUGAAGGAUGGUGUUGACACAUGGUCACCAGUACCAGAAGACCGGUUCAACGAGAGCGCAUUUCAUCACCCUAGUCCGGACGAUCCCAACGGAAGCAACAACCACCGUGGUGGGCACUUUAUUGAUGCCAGCAUAUCAAGUUUCGAUGCCUCCUUCUUCCGAAUAUCACCACAGCAGGCGGCUGUCAUGGACCCCCAGCAGCGAAUCCUGCUGGAAAUGACUUAUGAGGCACUUGAGAGCGCUGGCAUGCCUCGUGAGCAAUACAGAGGCUCGAAUACUGGCGUAUUCGGCGCUCUCUUCAUCACCGACUUUAAACGUAACAUGCUCAAGGACACUAUCGGAAAGUCACCCUAUACUCUGCUGGGAAAUGAAGCGGCAAUACUCACAAACCGAAUUUCACAUGCACUUGAUCUACGCGGCCCGUCACUGACACUUGAUACCGGCUGUUCUGGGGGAAUGGUUGCUCUACAUCAGGCAUGCAACGCCCUGCACAGUGGAGAGUGCGAGACAGCUAUUGUUGUAUCCGGGAACAUCACGCUGAGCCCUGACCAUACAGCGGAAAUGGCCAAUCUACACUUCUUGAAUAGCGACGGGCGUUCAUAUCCAUUUGAUAGCCGAGGAGAUGGAUAUGGACGUGGGGAGGGCUUUGUUGUCAUUAUUCUCAAACGCAUGCAAGACGCCAUUGAUGGUCGGUUUCCAGUCCAAGCCGUGAUUCGAAGUACAGCCAUCAACCAGGACGGUUACACCCCCGAGGGCAUUACAUACCCCAACAGCAAGGCUCAAGAGGACCUUAUUAGAUACACCUAUGCAAGAGCUGGCUUACGGCCCCAAGACGUCUCUUACAUCGAGGCUCAUGGGACGGGAACGAUGGCCGGUGAUUUCCAAGAGCUUUCUGCCAUUUCCAACACCUUCACAGGCGCAGGCCGCUCCUUGCCAUUGAUUGUAGGCUCGAUCAAGGGCAAUAUAGGGCACACAGAGAACACCAGUGGUCUGGCUGGACUACUCAAAUCGAUACUUGUGCUCCAGCGCAAAGAGAUCCCUCCCUUGGCUUGCUUUGAGAAACCAAAGCCGGGCCUACCGCUCGACCAUAUCAACCUGCCAACAACUCUAUCACCCUUGCCCCAGGAAUCAGGUCGACCUUCACUGGUUUCUAUCAACUCCUUUGGCUUUGGGGGCACAAACGGUCAUGCGAUUCUAGAAGAGGCUCCCAAAGCAGCCGUCUCAUCCGCUGACUGCUCCUCAAACAGUUCACCUCUUCUCUUCCAUUUUUCUGCCGACUGCAAGGAAUCGCUCUUGGCGACUAUGAGAGAUCAUCAGUCAUGGCUCAGUCUCCACCAGGACGCAUCACUGGUCGAUAUCUCAUACACCCUCUGUGAGCGCCGCACUGCGUUCCCAUGGCGUUUCAGCUGCGUUGCUGAAACGCAUGCUCAACUUGCAGAGAAGCUGGCCGACGGCGCGGCCGGCUCGAUCCAGGCCACUCCUUCAAAGAAGACGAGCGUUGCAUAUGUGUUUACCGGUCAGGGUGCCCAGUGGAUUGGCAUGGGUCGUGAACUGAUGAAGGGGGAGAACGGCACAGCUUCUGCAUUCUGCGCUUCGAUCCAUGCUUCCACCAAGAUUCUCUUGGCACUUGGUGCAACAUGGAAUCUUGAGGCGGCACUUACUGGAACUGGGGCAGAAGCAGAGUUGAUCAACACGGCCGAGUUGGCGCAGCCUGUAACCACCGCUUUACAAAGUAUGUUGCCUACCUUCAAUCACUUUCAAGUUUCAAAAAAUGGGAAUACCAUAAUUGCCUUGAUAUCCCUAUUACGCAGCCAGGGCAUAAAGCCCGACGUCGUUGUAGGGCACUCAAGCGGCGAGAUUGCAGCUGCGUAUACCGCGGGCUAUCUUUCUCACCAUGCUGCCCUCGCCGUCGCGUUCCACCGUGGCUUCAUGGCCCAGACGGCUAAGUCGAAGGAUUGUCCUGCCGGUGGCAUGAUGUCUGUAGGUCUUGGUGAAAAUGAAGCAAGCGAGCUUCUUCAAGGUCUCCAAAGUGGAAAGGCUGUCACUGCAUGUAUUAACAGUCCUAGCAAUGUCACCAUCUCGGGUGAUGCAGCUGCCCUUGACGAAGUUUCUUCAAUCUUGCAAGCUGAUGGAAACGGCACGUUUCAUCGCCGCUUGGCGGUCGACACAGCCUAUCACUCCCAUCACAUGCAGGUUGUAGCAGAAGACUAUCGCACACGCCUUGCUGGACUUGAGCACAUGGAGCCUGAAGAGACCACUGAGCGCCCUGUUUUCAUCUCCUCGGUCACAGGAGUUGCCAAAUCAAGCCAGUUUGGUAUACAGUAUUGGAUUGAUAAUCUGGUUUCUCCUGUACGGUUCUGCGAUGCCGUCCAAGUUGUAUCACAAGACUUCUAUAGUGCCAGUCAACGCAGCUCUCAUGUUUUCUUUGUCGAAAUUGGUCCGCACCCUGCUCUGGCAGGUCCGGUUCGUCAGUCUUUGGGUGCACUUCCAGGAAAGGGCUUCGAAUUUGACUACAGCUCCGUCCUCCAGCGAAAGAUGAGUGCCGUCGUAAGUGCGCUCUCACUGCUUGGUCGAUUCUUUGAGAGAGACGUGCCCAUCGCGUCUGGUGCACUCGCCGAUCUGACUCCUCGACUCUCUACGGCCAAAGUAUGCCCCGACUUGCCAUCUUAUGCGUGGGAUCACUCUGUUGAUCACUGGAGAGAGUUCCGCCACAGCUCCGAACAUCGCUUUCGACGUCACCCGUAUCACGAUCUACUUGGUGUGCGCAUACCAGGUUCAGCUAGUAACGAACCUCAGUGGCGCCAUGUCAUUGGCUUGGACACGUUGCCAUGGCUCGCAGACCACAUCAUUGAUGGCCUAUCCAUCUUUCCUGGAUCUGGGUAUAUGUGCAUGGCGGCAGAGGGAAUUCGGCAGAUACAUAUGGAUUCUCACCCCACAAAGAAGCUUGAGUCUUUGGUUUUUCGGCAGGUUUCGUUCCUCCGAGCACUCGUCAUCCCGACCAGUGGCCAGGUCGAGCUGUAUCUGCGGUUUAAGCCGCGAUCGACCAUUGGUCUUGACUUUUCUUUCUCAAUCUCAACUCUAUCUGAUGGUCAGUGGAAUGAAAACUGCACGGGCCUUAUCGAGGGGCUGCUCGUUGAUGAGCUCUUGGGGACUGCUCAAGAUGCCGCUCAUGCCGCCCGGACUGAGCCGGUUCAUGAGUAUGAUCUUCCAGCCAGCCAACUUUACGAGACGCUCAAGACGGCCGGUAACGCAUACGGCCCAACCUUUGCCGCGAUACGGUCCUACAUGUAUACAUCUGAUGAUCAGCUUCAAGCCACAGCAACUGUAGCCGUUCCUGACGUGGCUGCCACCAUGCGUGCUCGCUAUCAACAGCCUCACUUGAUACAUCCCACGACUCUCGAUGCUAUCCUACAUACAUCCCUUCCUGUCGCCGAGAAGCGCCUGGGAUCAGGCUCGAUAAUGCCCGUGUACAUCGAGGAGCUUCUUGUGUCCGCCACAUCAGACCUUCCCAGUGACCCUGGCUCCGAGCUAGAAGUGAAGACCAAGAUCUCGUCUGGCCAUCUCCGAACCGCGUAUACCGAUUUCUCCGUCACAGCUGGUAAUAUCCCCGUCAUGAUGAUUUCUGGCGCUGAAAUGCGCAAGGUGGGAGGCAGUGCGGAGGAUGCAAGCCAAAUCACAGCUGAAGAGCAGCGGCCAGCUUGCUUCCAAGUUGAGUGGGGAGCUGACCAGGAAUUCCUCCGAGCCGAAGAAAUGGGAGUGAAUCCCACGUUGGAGCAACUUCUCGGUCAUAUAGCGUUCAAGACUCCAGGGCUUUCCGUUUUGGACAUUGGGCCCAGUCGGCGAGCCAAUUCAAUCUCUGUCGCCGACGUGAUCCAGGGACAUAGGGGUUCUGUGAGCAUUUAUGACAUGGUCGAGCCCGCCUCUGAACCUCAUGGUGUCAAUGGCGUCAAUGGUAUCAAUGGUAUCAAUAGUGUGAAUGGUAUCAAUGGUGUCAAUGGUGUCAACGGGGUCAACGGGGUCAACGGGGUCAACGGGGUCAACGGCCAUCGGACUGACAAUCUCGAAAGUAUCAAGCAGAGCUUGCGGUCGUCAGCUUAUGAUGUUAUCUUGGUCACACACUCCGAGUGGAUACAUGCUGCCUCCUCGUUGCUCAAGCCCGGUGGUGUCUUAAUCCCUACUCUAGAGAUUACUGAUGAACUUCCAUCUAUGGAGUCAGUCCCGAUGAAGAGCCAGCUUUGUUUUAGGGAUAAUGAUCUAAAUCUUUCCAUCACGAUGCUGCGCCCCUCGAGCGAGCAGACCAUGGCAAACUCGAAUACAGUUCAAGUCAUAUGUCAUUCGGAAGAGUCUUCCCUUUCUCCCUGGACAAGGAAUCUCGUCGACACGCUACCCUCCUACCGUGUCGGGAUUGAAGGUUCUCCUACCACGUUGAAUAGCACAGCCGUUGCUGCCAGCGCCACAUCGGACAAGACCACGCUGGUUAUCGAAGAUCAGUCUACAGCAAUCUUAUCAGACGAGAAAUAUUUCGAAGCAGGAAUAUCUCUGUUGAAGCAGCCGGCGAGGAUCGUAUGGAUAAGCUCGGAAAAGGACAUCCGGAUGCAUCAGAUCACCGGUGUGAUCAGAACAGCCCAUGCAGAGAACGACAACUUACAUGCUACCACCAUCCACGUGGGCUCGGAGUCACCUUCAGGCUCUCGAUUCCAUGAAUUGGUUGCCUUCGCCGUUUCCAAGGUAGGUGACAGCAAUAGAGAGCGAGAAUACCGUGUGCUGGACAAUGGCACGAUUAUGGUGCCUCGCCUUCGCGCACACGAUGGAUAUACGAACGCUAUUCGAGCCGAGCUGAGCGAAACUUAUGAAAUUACGGAACGGCCCAUUACCGAUAUAUCUCGGCCCGUCAGACUUCAUGUUAGUGAUGAUCGAGGAAUCAACGAUCCUUGCUUUUCUGAAGAACAACCACCAUCCGCCAGAGCAUUGGCCCCGGACGAGGUUCAGUUGGCUGUGGAAUACAUGUCGUUGGCAAAAUCCUACCAUUCAACCCAACUGUGUGAAUAUGUUGGUACCGUCGCUAGGAUUGGUUCAUCGGUCAACCAUUUCACCAUCGGGGAUACCGUGAUUGCUUUGGGCUCUUCAAUGGGUUCAAGUCAUCCCUACAUGCCCCGAGCCCACGUGGCUCGUUUACCCAUGGGAGUACCUCCAGCAAAAGCUUCGGCUCUCCUGUUAACUGCAAUGGCCGCUUCUUACUCAAUACGAGAACUGGCUAAGUUGAGCCUAAGAGACGCAGUCCUGAUCCAUGGAGCAUCCACAGCGGCGGGCCGAGCGGCCAUCUCGGCUGCCAAGGCCAUUGGAUUACGCAUCACCUGUACUGCAGGUGACUCUGUUGAGGCCAAAUCUCUUCAGGAAAGAGAAGGAUUGUUAGCCAGUGAUAUUUUUGUUACUCGGCCCUCUUUUAGCCGCCUCUCCGCGGAGCAAGUGUUUAGCACCGCUGUAGAUGCCAUUGUUAUUGCAUCUGAAGCCUCACUUCCGGUCGAAGUCAUGAGACAUUUGCGUCCGGGGGGGUCUGUGAUCCUCACAGACUCUUUCAGCCACCAAAAGUCUAUGACCACACUGCCAGGCAAGUUGCCGGCAAACGCCACUUUAUACCACUGCAACGUCGAUGAGCUAUUGGCAGCAUGUCCCCAAAAGAUUUCGUCUCUUCUUCCUGAUGCUGUUGCUAUACUGAGUGGCGUCUCCCUCGAUGGCCUAGACAUUCUAGUCAAUGAUGUCUCCAAGACUCCUGAGGUACUGAAACUGCUCGACAGCAACAUGUAUUCCAAGGCGGUCAUACGUGUCAAUGCAGACUCUCAGACGUCAGUCAGAGCUAUGAAGAGUUCCAUGUGGCAGGGUCAAGAGGCGACCUUUGUUGUUUCGGGAGGAUUAGGCGAUUUAGGGCAACGGUGUCUAAAGAUGUUAGCACAUCGUGGCGCAAGGUCACUCGUUACUUUCUCAAGAAGCUUCCUUACUCCCGAAAAGCUACAAAGUCUUGAGAGAGCUCUGGAAGAUAUUCAACCAGGUUGCCGCCUAUAUUGUAUUGAAUGUGACAUCUCGAUCGAGAGCAGUGUCAAGGAGGCAGCUCAGAAGAUCAAGGAUCUAGGACUUCCACCAGUUUGUGGAAUUAUACAGUCUUCUACGAUACUCCGAGACAGCACAUUUGAGACGAUUAAUUUCGCAGACUACCAGUUGACCUCACGUAUCAAGGUAGAUGGCUCCAUACAUCUUUACAACGCAAUGUCAUCUCCCAGCUUAAAGUUUUUCAUAUCUAUGUCUUCCGUUGUCGCUGUAGUCGGUACCAGCGGUCAGGCCAACUACAGCGCUGGCAAUGUGGCUCAGGACAUCAUGUCACAACUACACAGAGGAGAUUCCUGCCAUUUCACCUCUCUCAACAUUGGUUGGGUUGAAGACUCCCAUCUAACGUCAGAGUUUGAUGUCCGCAAGAAUGCCAUCCUUCGCGCUGGGCUUUCCCCAGUAGGACCAGAGACUCUCUACAAAUACCUCGACUACUCCUUUGCAUCCUCGGCCACCGAAGACCACGUAUCCCAAAUCGUAAUUGGGAUUGAACCAAAGGUCAUUGCCCAGUCUAUCGCCACCAACGGCACUGUUUAUUCCCCAAUGUUCAGUCAUGUUUUGCAUGGUAUCGCAGAUAGCACAGAGCCAAAACGCGAGACUACCGCCCAGAACUUUGCGCAGGUUGCUGCCUCUGGUGACAUUGACAUAAUUAUCGACUUUAUAGCUACGAGAUUUACCAUCCAACUAGCUAAGCUCAUCUACGCCGACCCUUCAACAAUUGAUCGUUACCGUACAUCUCUGCUGGCCCUGGGACUGGAUUCUCUGAUUGCAAUAGAGCUCCGAAACUGGAUUCAGAGAGAAUUUGACGCACGGCUGCAGUCAUCUGAGAUUUUCGCCCAACAGGAUGUUUAUACUCUUGCGGAGAAGAUUGCCUCACGGUCUCAGGUUGUUUCCGGACUUGAAUUUGAGGUAUAA